CCUCCCCGGGGAGCAGCCGGCGGCUCCGGCGGCCCCCCAGCCCCGGCCCCUGGGCACUGCCCGGCGAGUUCCCCGGCAGGGGCGGGGGCGGCAGUGGCGAGGCCGGCCGCCGCUGCCCAGCUAGGUGCGCAGCAGGGGCUCCGAGAGCGCUCCCCGGCGGGUCCCCCGCGCACUCGCCGCGCCCGGGCAGCGCGGCCCGACCGGGCGAGCAUGGGCGGCGCGGAGUGACGCCGCCGUGCCCGCUUGGCAUCAAGGACAUUCAGCCCGCGGGGGUGGGGACGAAGGGGGGCAGCCCCGCGUCGCCACCGCAGCCCCCGGGAGCUGCUGCCGCCACCGCUCGGGCUCCGGGGCUGGGUGGAGGAGAGGGUGCGUGGAAUCGAUCCACGUUUCCCGACCUUUUUGUUGGACAUUACGCCCACCUUGGACGCUGCGAGAGGAGCUGUCAAGCCCCGCAGGCGCCGAUCUGGGCCCCUCCGUCUUCCUUGGCUGCUCCCGGCUUCCCCGUGCCUCGGUGGAGUAUUUGCGUUCGCGGCUGGGGCUGGAGGAGGCAGCCACACGCGCGCACACGCACACGUUCAGAGGAGGGCGAGAGGCAGCGGCACAGGCACCAUCUGCAGUGUCAAUGCGGCGCUCCGGCUGAAGGAGGGAAACGCGCCGCUUCCAGGGGACACUGCCCUCCUGAGUCCUGGCCCUUGAGGAGACGGCUGUGCCCAAGUGCUGCUGUGCUGCGAGGACCCAUCCCUGAAAUGAAAGCCAUGCCUUGGAACUGGACUUGCCUGCUCUCCCACCUCCUGAUGGUAGGGGUGGGCUCCUCCACCCUGCUCCCCCGGCAGCCGCCCCCGCUGUCCCAGAAGCGGUCUUUCAUCACAUUCCGAGGGGAGCCCACUGAAGGCUUCAAUCACCUGGUGGUGGAUGAGAGGACAGGGCACAUUUACUUGGGGGCCGUCAACCGGAUCUAUAAGCUCUCCAGUGACCUGAAGGUCCUGGUGACCCACCAGACGGGGCCAGACGAGGACAACCCCAAGUGUUACCCACCCCGCAUCGUGCAGACCUGUAAUGAGCCCCUGACCACCACCAACAACGUCAACAAAAUGCUCCUCAUAGACUACAAGGAGAACAGGCUGAUUGCGUGCGGGAGCCUGUACCAGGGCAUCUGCAAGCUCCUGAGGCUGGAGGACCUCUUCAAGCUGGGGGAGCCUUUCCACAAGAAGGAGCACUACCUGUCGGGAGUCAACGAGAGCGGCUCGGUCUUUGGAGUGAUCGUCUCCUACAGCCAUCUGGACGACAAGCUCUUCAUUGCCACGGCAGUGGAUGGGAAGCCCGAGUAUUUUCCUACCAUCUCCAGCCGGAAGCUGACCAAGAACUCCGAGGCAGAUGGCAUGUUCGCUUAUGUCUUCCACGAUGAGUUUGUAGCCUCUAUGAUUAAGAUCCCCUCGGACACCUUCACCGUCAUCCCUGACUUUGAUAUCUACUAUGUCUACGGUUUCAGCAGUGGCAACUUUGUCUACUUUUUGACCCUUCAGCCUGAGAUGGUGUCUCCCCCAGGCUCCACCACAAAAGAACAGGUUUAUACAUCCAAGCUAGUGAGGCUUUGUAAGGAGGACACCGCCUUCAACUCCUACGUGGAGGUGCCCAUUGGCUGUGAGCGCAGCGGGGUGGAGUACCGCUUGCUGCAGGCUGCCUACCUGUCCAAAGCAGGGGCCGUGCUUGGCCGGACCCUGGGAGUCCGUCCAGAUGACGACCUCCUCUUCACUGUCUUCUCCAAGGGCCAAAAGCGGAAAAUGAAAUCCCUGGAUGAGUCGGCUCUGUGCAUCUUCAUCCUGAAGCAGAUCAAUGACCGCAUUAAGGAGCGGCUGCAGUCAUGCUACCGGGGUGAGGGUACGCUGGACCUGGCCUGGCUCAAGGUGAAGGACAUCCCCUGCAGCAGCGCGCUCUUAACUAUUGAUGAUAACUUCUGUGGCCUGGACAUGAAUGCCCCCCUGGGAGUGUCCGACAUGGUGCGUGGCAUUCCCGUCUUCACGGAGGACAGGGACCGCAUGACCUCUGUCAUCGCAUACGUCUACAAGAAUCACUCUCUGGCCUUCGUGGGCACCAAGAGUGGCAAGCUGAAGAAGAUCCGGGUGGAUGGGCCCAGGGGCAACGCCCUCCAAUAUGAGACCGUGCAGGUGGUAGACCCUGGCCCAGUCCUGCGGGACAUGGCCUUCUCCAAGGACCAUGAGCAACUCUACAUCAUGUCAGAAAGGCAGCUCACCAGAGUCCCUGUGGAGUCCUGUGGGCAGUAUCAGAGCUGCAGCGAGUGCCUGGGCGCGGGCGAUCCCCACUGCGGCUGGUGUGUGCUCCACAACACGUGCACCCGGAAGGAGCGGUGUGAGCGGUCCAGGGAGCCCCGCAGGUUUGCUUCAGAGAUGAAGCAGUGUGUGCGGCUGACGGUCCACCCCAACAACAUCUCCGUCUCUCAGUACAGUGUGCCGCUGGUCCUGGAGACAUACAAUGUCCCGGAGCUGUCAGCCGGUGUCAACUGCACCUUUGAGGACCUGUCAGAGAUGGAUGGGCUGGUCAUAGGCAAUCAGAUCCAGUGCUACUCCCCAGCAGCCAAGGAAGUACCCCGGAUCAUCACGGAGAACGGGGACCACCAUGUCGUCCAGUUGCAGCUCAAGUCCAAGGAGACAGGCAUGACCUUUGCCAGCACCAGCUUUGUCUUCUACAACUGCAGCGUCCACAAUUCGUGCCUGUCCUGUGUGGAGAGCCCGUACCGCUGCCACUGGUGUAAAUACCGGCACGUCUGCACCCAUGACCCCAAGACCUGCUCCUUCCAGGAAGGCCGUGUGAAGCUGCCCGAGGACUGUCCCCAGCUUCUGCGCGUGGACAAGAUCCUGGUGCCCGUGGAGGUGAUCAAGCCCAUCACUCUGAAGGCCAAGAACCUCCCCCAGCCCCAGUCGGGGCAGCGUGGCUACGAGUGCAUCCUCAACAUCCAGGGUGGCGAGCAGCGAGUGCCCGCGCUGCGAUUCAACAGCUCCAGCGUGCAGUGCCAGAACACCUCUUAUUCCUAUGAGGGGAUGGAGAUCAACAACCUGCCAGUGGAGCUGACAGUCGUGUGGAACGGGCACUUCAGCAUUGACAACCCCGCUCAGAAUAAAGUCCACCUCUACAAGUGCGGAGCCAGGCGCGAGAGCUGCGGGCUGUGCCUCAAGGCCGACCCUGACUUUGAGUGUGGCUGGUGCCAGGGCCCAGGCCAGUGCACCCUGCGCCAGCACUGCCCUGCCCAUGAGAGCCGGUGGCUGGAGCUGUCCAGUGCCAACAGCAAGUGCACAAACCCCCGCAUCACAGAGAUAAUCCCAGUGACAGGCCCCCGGGAGGGGGGCACCAAGGUCACCAUCCGAGGGGAGAACCUGGGCCUGGAAUUCCGGGACAUUGCCUCCCACGUGAAGGUGGCCGGCGUGGAGUGCAGCCCUUUGGUGGAUGGCUACAUCCCUGCGGAACAGAUUGUGUGUGAGAUGGGAGAGGCCAAGCCCAGCCAGCACGCAGGCUUCGUGGAGAUCUGUGUGGCCGUCUGUCGGCCUGAGUUCAUGGCCCGGUCCUCGCAGCUCUAUUAUUUCAUGACGCUGACCCUUUCAGACCUGAAGCCCAGCCGGGGACCCAUGUCCGGGGGCACCCAGGUGACUAUCACGGGUGCCAACCUGAAUGCUGGCAGCAAUGUGGUGGUGAUGUUUGGGAAGCAGCCCUGCCUCUUCCACAGGCGAUCUCCUUCCUACAUCGUCUGCAAUACCACGUCCUCAGAGGAGGUGCUGGAGAUGAAGGUGACGGUGCAGGUGGACAGGGCCAAGAUCCACCAGGACCUGGUCUUCCAGUACGUGGAGGAUCCUACCAUCGUGCGCAUCGAGCCAGAGUGGAGCAUUGUCAGUGGAAACACGCCCAUUGCUGUAUGGGGUACCCACCUCGACCUCAUCCAGAACCCCCAGAUCCGUGCCAAGCAUGGGGGAAAGGAGCACAUCAACAUCUGUGAGGUCCUGAAUGCUACUGAGAUGACCUGUCAGGCGCCAGCCCUCGCUCUGGGUCCUGAACACCAGUCAGACCUGACCGAGAGGCCUGAGGAGUUUGGCUUCAUCCUGGACAAUGUCCAGUCCCUGCUAAUCCUCAACAAGACCAACUUCACCUACUAUCCCAACCCUGUGUUUGAGGCCUUUGGUCCCUCAGGGAUCCUGGAGCUCAAGCCAGGCACGCCCAUCAUCCUAAAGGGCAAGAACCUGAUCCCACCUGUGGCCGGGGGCAAUAUGAAGCUGAACUACACCGUGCUGGUCGGGGAGAAGCCGUGCGCCGUGACUGUGUCAGAUGUGCAGCUGCUCUGCGAGUCCCCCAAUCUCAUCGGCAGGCACAAAGUGAUGGCCCGUGUCGGUGGCAUGGAGUACUCUCCAGGCAUGGUGUACAUCGCUCCGGACAGCCCGCUCAGCCUGCCUGCCAUCGUCAGCAUCGCAGUGGCCGGGGGCCUCCUCAUCAUCUUCAUCGUGGCCGUGCUCAUCGCCUACAAACGCAAGUCCCGUGAGAGCGACCUCACGCUCAAGCGGCUACAGAUGCAGAUGGACAACUUGGAGUCCCGCGUGGCCCUGGAGUGCAAGGAAGCUUUUGCCGAGCUGCAGACAGACAUCCAUGAGUUGACCAGUGACCUGGAUGGAGCCGGGAUUCCCUUUCUGGAUUACAGAACCUACACCAUGCGGGUGCUGUUCCCGGGAACUGAAGACCACCCUGUCCUCCGGGACCUCGAGGUCCCCGGCUACCGGCAGGAGCGUGUGGAAAAAGGGCUGAAGCUCUUUGCGCAGCUGAUCAACAACAAGGUGUUCCUGCUGUCCUUCAUCCGCACGCUCGAGUCCCAGCGCAGCUUCUCCAUGCGCGACCGUGGCAACGUGGCCUCGCUCAUCAUGACAGUGCUGCAGAGCAAGCUCGAGUACGCCACUGACGUGCUGAAGCAGCUGCUGGCCGACCUCAUCGACAAGAACCUGGAGAGCAAGAACCACCCCAAGCUACUGCUCAGGAGGACUGAGUCAGUGGCUGAGAAGAUGUUGACCAAUUGGUUCACUUUCCUCCUCUACAAGUUCCUCAAGGAGUGUGCUGGGGAGCCCCUUUUCUCCCUGUUCUGUGCCAUCAAGCAGCAGAUGGAGAAGGGCCCCAUCGACGCCAUCACGGGGGAGGCCCGCUACUCCCUGAGCGAGGACAAGCUCAUCCGCCAGCAGAUCGACUACAAAACCCUGGUCCUGAGCUGUGUCAGCCCAGACAAUGCCAACAGCCCCGAGGUCCCAGUGAAGAUCCUCAACUGCGACACCAUCACUCAGGUCAAGGAGAAGAUUCUGGAUGCCAUCUUUAAGAAUGUACCCUGCUCCCACCGGCCCAAGGCUGCAGAUAUGGACCUGGAGUGGAGACAAGGAAGUGGGGCAAGGAUGAUCCUGCAGGAUGAAGACAUCACCACCAAGAUUGAGAAUGACUGGAAGAGACUGAACACCCUGGCCCAUUACCAGGUACCAGAUGGGUCUGUGGUGGCUUUAGUGUCCAAGCAGGUGACAGCCUACAAUGCAGUAAACAACUCCACAGUCUCCAGAACCUCAGCGAGUAAAUAUGAAAACAUGAUCCGGUACACGGGCAGCCCCGACAGCCUCCGCUCGCGAACACCUAUGAUCACCCCCGACCUGGAGAGUGGAGUCAAGAUGUGGCACCUGGUGAAGAACCACGAGCACGGGGAUCAGAAGGAGGGGGAUCGGGGGAGCAAGAUGGUGUCUGAAAUCUAUCUGACACGACUUCUAGCCACUAAGGGCACACUGCAGAAGUUCGUAGACGACCUCUUUGAGACCAUCUUCAGCACAGCGCACCGGGGCUCAGCCCUGCCGCUGGCCAUCAAGUACAUGUUCGACUUCCUGGACGAGCAGGCCGACAAGCACGGCAUUCAUGACCCACACGUCCGCCACACCUGGAAGAGCAACUGCCUGCCGCUGCGGUUUUGGGUCAACAUGAUCAAGAACCCACAGUUCGUGUUUGACAUCCAUAAGAACAGCAUCACAGACGCCUGCCUGUCAGUGGUGGCCCAGACCUUCAUGGACUCCUGCUCCACGUCGGAGCACCGGCUGGGCAAGGACUCACCCUCCAACAAGCUGCUCUAUGCCAAGGACAUCCCCAGCUACAAGAACUGGGUGGAGAGGUAUUACUCAGACAUCGGGAAGAUGCCGGCGAUCAGCGACCAGGACAUGAACGCCUACCUGGCUGAGCAGUCCCGGAUGCACAUGAACGAGUUCAACACCAUGAGCGCGCUCUCAGAGAUCUUCUCCUACGUGGGCAAGUACAGCGAGGAGAUCCUUGGACCUCUGGACCACGAUGACCAGUGUGGGAAACAGAAACUGGCUUACAAACUAGAGCAAGUCAUAACCCUCAUGAGCUUAGACAGCUGAGAACCAUCCUUCCAGGCUGCCCUGGAGGGGGACACACCAAGCCGUGCCUCAGUCUAGAUUAUCAUCUUUACCAAGUGCAAGUUCCAACUGGCAUCAGCAGCAUCCCCUGAGCAGUGCUGUCUCUCUCUCUUUCUCUGCCUCUUUCUGUUUCUCCUGCCUACCUGGGUCUUCCCUCUUUCAGUUGCUCUGCCAACAUGAUUGGACCAAGCCACUGACCCUCAGUUAGUCCAGGGAUGGCCAGGUUCACGGCAAGAAACCUGACCAGAAGAUGUCAGAGCACUCUCUCACAGCUGCUCCUGACCCCAUGUGUCAGUGCCAGGGCCCAAAUACAGAUGAGGAGCCGUGGACAGAGGAUGUUUCUGUGCUGCUAUUUCACCUUCCACCUUGACAGCCCCCACUGGGGUCCGAGCCUUGGCCCAGGGAAGAGGCACUGAGCUCAGUAUUACCUCCACUGGGAAGACAUCAGCUGGCCCUCCCUUCCUGCAGUUCCUUCUCCAAGGUGUCAGUCAGUUGGUGGUCUGGUCACUUUGCAGCUGUGAGAAGAAAGACCACUCCUACAUAUGGUAGGAAGAGAAGGGUGAGGAGUUGAGAGGAGCUCUGGGGGCUUCCUCCUACCUGUUGGGUUGGCAUCCAGGGGCCUCCUAUCCCCUUCCAAUCUCCUUGGGCCAUUCCAAGUGUCCACAGGGACCUUCCUGCCUGGUCUUCUCCCCUGCCUGUGGGAAGCCAGGAAAGAGAAAGAAUAACAGGUGUAUUCCUUUGUGGGGGUGCCCCUGCCAUCUAGUCUGGCUCCUACCAGCCGAGAUGUAACAUGCAGCAGGAGAAGAGGAAAGAGAGUUGCAUCCACCCUGGAAGCAGAAUUUGUUGUUUUCCAUUCACACCUAAAUUCAAGUGAGUCAUGGCCAUAGUCCUAGGUCUAGUGCAUUACCAGAGCCUCGAGUGCUGUCUAGAGAAAGCACCUCCACCUUCCUUUGUCGCCCUUCAUCAAAGGUCAACAUGAAGUGCAGAGUGCAUCCAGGAGAGUCUACCUCCAGCCAUCUUCAAAGCUCUGUGCCUGUCCUCCUCCCUGAGAACUCCAUAGGAGGCUGGGGCAGACGGCCUAGUUCCUGUCCCUCCUUCAGGAUCUGGUACCAUUGCCAUGCAGGUCGCUUUGUCACUGGACUGUCCAGACUUCUCGGGAAUGAUUUUAUUUGCAUCUCAGCUGUGGCUCAAGUCUCUGUCCUUCCUCCUCUCUUCAGCAGUCAUCACUGAAAGAAACAGCCAACCUCAGCCCCCAGCUUGUCAUGUCUGGCAGGGACCAAAGUGUCAGGGUGAUGGACCAGGCUGGAAAUGGGAGGAGGGACAUGCAACUGACCCUGGCCCUGGCAUCCAUCUCUCCAUCUGUCCUCCACCUGCAGAUGUGCCAUCUUAGCCAGGCGGGCAAAUGUGUGCUCAGAAACAGACACGAGAUGAGCAGAGACUGGAGUGAGAAAUGGUCCAGCGGAGGGUCGUAGGAGCCUGUAAUCUUGAGGGGACCUCAGAUGCUAUCUGGUCCAGUCUCCCACCAUAAGAAGAAAUCUCUCCUGGAGGGUCUGGCAUCUGGGAGACAAGGAGAAGCACCAUCCAAAGUGGGGCUGAGGACGAGGAUUCCAGUCUCGCCUUCACCCCGAGCAUCAGACAUCGCUCUUUGUCAUCCAUUCAAACUGAGCCCCACGUGGGGAAGGAGCCACACCAUUUCCAGCAACAUCCACAGAGCAUCCCGUACUCUUGGGAACACUAGCCCCUUUGGAUACGAAUAUGCGCACGUGAGUGUGAGCGCAUGUGCAUGCAUGCGCGUGCCUGUGUGGCUGCCCCAGGAGGAGGCAGAGAGCUCAGAAAGACUCCUUGUCCCCUGCAGGAGGAUUUUGAGGUGUUUCCCUUCUCUGUCCCCUUGCUCAUCAAUUCAUCCUGCAGCUUCAGGACAUUUCAACACUUGCUUUCUAUGCUGAGAGCUGGUGGGUGCAGGGAGAGGUCACCUAUCCAUAGGAAAUCAGGGUGGUCACCUGCCAAGGCCUGGUCUGAGGUAACCCAGAGCAGGGUAUCACGUGGCAUUGUGGAGGACAAAUGGAAAAGACACAAGCAGCCUAACAGGAAGAGGGGAAUGGGGAAAGGGUGUAUUUAAAGGUGAAAACAAUAACCAAAGGUUUUGGCAAAUGAAGUACCAGGUGGAGAAGCAUGGAAUUUCUAUCCUUGAUCGUUUUAUUUCCUCCCAAGAAGCCAGGGGGCCCAGCAGGCCAGAAAGGGUACAUGUGGGAGGCAGCCGAGGCAGCACUUUGGCCACUAAAAUAUUUUUGCACAUGUGAAGGGUUGGGGAGGAGAGAGACACGAUCAUAUUUAACACAGAUUUGCUGGAUGGAAGCUGUGUGUGUGUGUGUGUGUGUGUGUGUGUGUGUGUGUGUGUGUGUGUGUGUGUGUGUAUGAGUGAAUGCAUUUUGAUUUAUUUUUUAAGUUUUGCACAGAGAAAAAAAUGAACAAGCAGAAAAAAGACUGUUACUCAUGGUUCUGCUGAAGCUUUUAUUUUUUACCGGAUGAUAAUUACUGUUACUGUUACUUGGUCGGUACAGGACUUUUUCCCCCAUGUUUUUGUUGUAGGAAAAAUUUUGCACACCUCAGAGAAACAGCAUGCCAGGAAGGAAGAGGAGAGAAGGGCGGUCAUGUUUCCUGGCCCCUCGCUUCUCCUGGGGAAGGUGUGGGGCAGGUUGGACUCUAACUGCUGGGGGUGGAGGGUGUUUCCACGCUCUGUUUGCCCACGGUCUCCACGGCCUGCUGGGGGACUGAGAAAUCGGUAGAGUCACCCUGAGCCACACCCAUCUUGCCCAUAAAAAUUCUCUUUCCUUUUGCUCUUUGAUUUCCAUUUCUUCCAUUUGGAUUCUUGGUGCACGUGUGAUACAUUUAGAAGCAAAGAUGACAAUGUUCUCAAAAGCUGUUCUUUCUCCCCAGAUCUUUCUAAACUCCCCUUGGGAUCUGCCACCUCCUCUUGGCAGGCCAGGGAUGCAGAGGAGGGCUGCCCAGGUGGCAUGAGGGCUCCAAGAGAGUAGGGAAUUGGGCACACUCAGUCCUGUGGAGUGGAGGUCCCUUCAUGGCCUCCCUGUAUGUCAAAGUUCAUUUACAGGGUCACAGUUCUGUUGAUGGUGGAACUUUUUAUCUAACUUCUUCAGUUCUGGGCAGAGGUCAGGGGAGAAAAGGUGAUCUCCCUCACCUCGACCCCUGAACCCUCCUCCCUUGAGGCCACCAGGGUCAAAAUGGUACUAGAUCACGCAGUCAAAAUAACUGACCAAGAUUAGGUGGGGACUUUGAAUGCUGGAGGGCUGUGGGCUGAAGGCUGGUCGUGGCAGUGGGUGAGAAGCUUUUUAGGGUGCUGAAUUUAAAAGAAUGGGUGGAGGAAGCCGAGAAAGACAGCUGCAGGCUGGUCAUUUCUCCUCCGGCACAAGUGUCCCCGGGUGUGGGGCUCUGCCCAUUCUUUGUCCUUCCCCAUAAGGAGGGACCCUGACAUUUCUGAGUCACUGCAGAAGUGCCGUUAAGUGAAGGUGGCUAUCGUGUCAGCUCCUCAGGAAAGUAUCUUGUUGCCUUCUCCUUUCAGUAUGGUUUUAAAUUUGGGGGCAGAGGAUACCUGAGAGUUUCACAGGCCAAGGUACGUUACAACCCCCAUGCGACACCCACACUCAGAGCCAGCCCUAGAGCCCCUCUGUGAGCCCACGGGCCAGUGACUGGGCUCAGGGAUGCUGAAGUAAAGAGAAGCUGCUUUAAAUAAAUCCCAGAGUUUCUGGUGGAGUGUCCAGGACUGCUCCCAGGUAGAAGCAAGAGUUGCUGGCAGAUGAGAUCUGUGACCUGGUCCCCUGAGGCCCAGCUCCCCCCUCUCAGCCCAGGGUUAAUGUUGAGGUACUGCCCCAGCACCCCAUUCUCACCCCGACUUUCGCAUCCCCAAGGCCAUGGGUGCCCGUGUCCCCUGUCGAGUGUCUACUUCUGACUGUGCUCCCCACCCCGCCCCACAGCGAACAUCCUCCUUGUCUCUUCUUGUCCUCCUGCACAUGUGGCCUCCACCCCAGCCCCAAGGCCAUUUAUCCUGCUCAGCCCUCACACUCUAACCCUCUGGGAUUGCCCUGACCCAUCCCCCCUGCCCAAAGCUGCCUCCCUGAGUCCAGCCUAGGCCCUAUGGGUCCCCAUCAGAGGGUUUGUAGCAAGGACUUCCCAAAUGGCCUCCACUGUGAGAGGCAGGCUUCCUGUUUCCAGACCCCUGAGCAAUGCUCGCUCCAACCUGAAGAGGAAAGCUCGCUUCCACCGUCUCCCUUCCCAAGACUCAGAGGACACUUCUUUGCCUUUGCAAGCUGUGAAGUCAGAUCCCUAACCAAGUGAAGGGCCAGUGUUGUUAUCAAUCAGGAACAAGUUUCCCUGCCUCACAGAGAGCCACGGGGAGAAGAUAAAAACAGACUGACCAGGGAGAAGGCCCAGAGACACCCUCUCCUGGCCCAGAACCACACCCUUCCAGGAACAGCCACCCCGUGAGCAGUCCCACUGAGCUCUUAAAGGCCUCUGAGAGGCAUUUCUGUGAAUGAGGGACCUCCAGGUACCCACCAUGUCCCCAGAGAAGCCCCCAGCCCAGGCGGCUCACUGCCCUGCCCCUCUCCCUUCCUGUCAGCUCUCAGGACAGGUGACUGGGGGCCCCUGCCUCCUCAGCCUCCUCCUUUUAAAAAAAACACUCUGUCAGCUGUUUAUUUGCAGUUGUAUAGUUGUUUAUUUUGGGUUCGUAUAUUUUAAGAGUUUGAGAGUAAGGAAGGAGCCCAGGUAUGAAUGUAAAGUCCAAAUUACUGAGGGGUGGGAGGGGAGAGUUGGGAGGUAAAACUCUACCAUGACUUUCAAAGGGAUGAGGACGUCCAAGGGGAGCUUCCCCUAUUAUCAAAGAAAUGGAUCAGGAGAUCCCCUGGAUGUGACAUGCUAGGGAUGUGUCCGUCACGGCUGCUAAUAUUCUGGGUCCUUCCCCACCCACGCUUGAUGGAUGGAGGCCUCCACCCACCCCUCUCCUCACACCUCACCUCUCAGGUGCUAGUCUUACUGCACGGAGUGGGAAGCUGGGGACAGCCACCCCGCGAGCCUCUCCUCAUGGUGCUGGCAGGGUGGCAGAGCCCUUGACUGGAAAACAGGACGGCUGUUGCUCACCUUUGGAAAGUAAUUGUUGCAGUAAAAGUUCCAGACAUUCAAGAGAGACCUUUUUUUUUUUUACUACAAAUCUUUGCUCCCCAAUAAAAUUAUUUUUUUAUUAGUGGGAGUAUCCAAGUUUAAAAAAGUACAGGAUGUUUUGGUUAUAAAAUUAAUACAUACUCAUUAGAGUCCCAAUUAAAUUCCCCGAGUAGACUGGUGACUAUCAGAAAGCAAAGCAAAGUGAAACAAAACAAAACAAAAAUGUCAGCAAACAAAAAGAACUUUCUGUUUAUAUUGGCAGAGAUAGGGAGGUGGGCCAGGUGGGCCAGGUGGGCCAGGUGCCUGUGGUGGGGAGAGCCUCACCGUGUCCCCAUUCCCAUCUGCCUGGGUUCCUGUCCAGUCCUGGCUCUCCAGGCUGCCCUGGGAUUGCUAACUCCUACACGUUUCUCAUCAGCUUCCCCAACUGCAGGGAGACCCAGUUAGGAUUGGUCCUGGGGGGAUGCAAAAGCAGGUAGUCUUGGUCUAUACAGCUCAUCUUCCAUUGGUUCUUUAUCUGGAAUUAGAACUUCUUUUGUUAGUGUCUUUGACCUUAUGACUCAAGCACAUUUUGGUAGGGCUCCCUUACACAUGUAGGAUUCAAAACAGAGGAGACAGCUAAAGAGCAACCCAGAGGACGCUUAAGAAACCGAGACCACUUUACCAAACGGGACUAAUGAACGCCUUCGUGCACAGAGGUCAGCCGCAGCCCAGGCACAGGACAAAGGUGGGGUGCGGGUCCUCGUUUGUCCCCCCGACCCCUCCCCAAUGUUCUCAUCAGAUUGUUGGCUUGUGAAACCUUCUGUUCUUUAAAAAGAAAAGCUAGUUUACCUCAGAAUUUUGUUUCCUUUUGGAAACCACUGACUUUGCCUGGCCCUGGUGUCUCGGAGGCACAAGGUCUUUGCUUAGUCCUGUGUUGGCAAGAACAAGGCCUCUGGGCCCUGAGGGGGGAAGGAAGGAUUGGAUGCGGCCACCCUCCUUCUCUCUUUAGCUUGUAGGGACCAGCCUAUCUCUUCCAGCAGUGUCCUGCCAAGUUACCAUAGCAACCAGCAACUCCAGGGUACCACAUCACACAAUGGCUCAGCAAGCUGAAAUGGGGGGGGUAGGUUGGGGGGUGGAGCAGGGCUUCUGGCCUGGUCUGAUGACCCCAAGCUAAGCCUCAAAUGCUAGGGGGAAGAGGAGAAUCAAGAAUGGAUGGAUCGGUGGUUUAAGGAACCAACAGGGGGCUCUGAGUCUCAGAGAGAGGCUGUCGAAGGAGGUAGGGCAUGUCAUUUCUGUUCCAGCUACCCCUUCCAGCCCCACCCCACUUCUGUUUCCAAAUCAGUCUCCCACCUUGAAACUGACCCUUUGUUAGAACAGAGCAAAACAUACCUUUAGACAACAGUGUUAUAAAGAGCCUCGAAGAUAGGUGGGUGAGAUCUAUUAGAAGAAGAGGAUCUUCCGGUUUUGAUUUUUAAAGAAGAGUAUCCUAGUAAGAUUUCAAAAAACAUUUUAAAAAAAGUUUUUAAAGAGGAAACCUAUGCUAUUUAAAUUGGAGCGCAGUUGUAACUUGGUAAAGGCAAGCUUCUGUACCUUUGUUAUAAUUAAUUGUAUACCUGUGUAUGUAAAUAUAAGGCAUUCCUAUUUUGCAGUUCAGAACAAAAAAAAACUUAUUUGUAAUAUAGAAUAAAGUUUAUUAAAAAAUAAUAAAAAUACA